GGUGAGUUAAAUUUUCCACCGCUACUCCGCUUCAGAUUUCUCGAGUCCAUGUCAGACGCGGAGAAGUGGAACUGGGAGAACGCAGCCGCCGGAGCCAUCGCCGGAUUCUCCACCGUCGCCGCCCUUCAUCCUCUCGACGUCGUCCGUACGAGAUUUCAAGUGAGCGAUGGUCGCGGGGGAUCUUGUCUUCCACUUUACAAGAACACUGCGCACGCCAUUUACAGUAUGGCGCGGAUGGAGGGACUGAGAGGGCUUUAUGCAGGUUUCUAUCCUGCAGUAUUCGGGUCAACGGUUUCAUGGGGACUUUACUUCUUCUUUUAUAGCAGAGCAAAGUACAGGUACCUCAAAGGUUCUGAUCAGCAGCUUGGCCCUGGUCAUCAUCUUGUUGCAGCCGCAGAAGCAGGUGCUCUGGUAUGCGUGCUUACAAAUCCUAUUUGGCUUGUGAAGACGAGAUUGCAACUUCAAACUCCUUUCAAUCAAAAUCGUCCAUAUAUUGGUUCCUCUGAUGCAGUUAGAACCAUUUUCAAAGAGGAGGGAUGGAGAGCUUUCUAUAAGGGCAUUGGAUCUGGACUUUUUCUUGUUUCUCAUGCUGCAAUUCAGUUUUGUGCUUACGAAGAACUUCGUAAGGUUGCCAUCAAUUUAAAAUGUACAAGAGAAAAGACUGACAUGAGAGAUGGUGAUAGUUUGCUGAACUCUUUUGAUUAUGCUAUGCUUGGCGGCGCUUCUAAAGUUGCUGCUAUUAUGUUCACUUACCCAUCACAGGUUAUUCGAGCUCGCAUACAACAAAGGCCUAGUAGUGAUGGAAUUCCCAAAUACCUGAACAGCUGGCAUGUAGCAUCAGAAACUGCAAGAUUUGAAGGUGUGCGAGGGUUCUACAGAGGAAUCACAUCCAGCUUACUGAAAAACAUUCCAUCAGCCUCACUCACAUUUGUAGUGUACGAGAAUAUCUUAAAACUGUUCAAAGUAGCUCAAAGAAAGUUAGAUUAACAUUUUUGUGAAGCAUUAAUUAUUUUACUUUUAUCAUUUAUGAUAAUGCAUAAACUUUGUUGCAACCUUAAUUUUUUUUUU